CGACUGUCAAGUAGUAGAAGAAGAAUAUCAACACGUGCCGCUUAAGCAAACCAUUUUCCUUCUGAUCUUUAUAAAAAUGGUUAAAAAUAAGCGAAAACAAGCAGCCCAGCCUGUGGAGGAGGAUUCUGACAGCGACUCCAGCUUCGCCGAGGAUGAGCCCGAGGACGUGGCAAUUCCAAGCGAUGAUUCAGACAGCGAUAAUGAAGUUGAGGCAGACUCGUCCAAGAAGAAGUUGCCGAAGAAGUCUGAAGAUGCUGGUGCACAUGACGAAGAAGACGAGGAUGAGGAUGGAGACGAGGACGACGAGGAGGAGGAUGACGAGGACGAUGAAGAUGAUAAGGAGCCCCGCAUACCGGUGCUUAAUCCACUUAGUUUGAUGCGCAACAAGGAGCAGCGCAUGGCGCUCUUCAAAAAAAUGAAGAAGGAGAAGCACAAGAAAAAGAUGCAGGAGCGGCGAGCCAGACGAAAGGCGGGUGUUCCGGCCAACCCUGGUCACACAAUCGAAAGUCUGCGCGAGAAAGAUCAAACGGAGGUGUCAAAUCUCAACGACUCAGACAACGAAGAGUUGCAAAAAGAGCUGGAACUGGACGACUUUAGCUCUUAUUUUGAGCGUUCCUACGAGCCCAAGGUUUUGAUAACCUUUGCAGACAAUCCAGUUACUAAGACGCGAAAAUUUGGCUUGGAACUCUCGCGCAUAUUCCCCAACGCCCUGGUUAAAAUCAGAAACAAGUCGUCUGUAAAGAAGAUUUGCAAGAGCGCCGAACGUGAGCAGUUCACCGAUGUGGUGAUCAUAAACGAAGAUCGCAGAAAGCCUAACGGACUGCUGGUCAUCCACUUGCCCAGUGGCCCGACUGCCCAUUUUAAGGUUUCCAAUGUAACGCUGACAUCUGAUAUUAAGCGUGAUCACAAGGAGAUUACCAAGCACAGGCCAGAGGUGAUACUAACAAACUUUACAACCCGCCUGGGUCUCACCGUGGGGCGAAUGCUGGGCGCCUUAUUCCACCAUGAUCCAGAGUUUCGCGGACGCAGGGCGGUUACGUUCCACAACCAGCGUGAUUACAUAUUCUUCCGGCACCAUCGCUAUGAAUUUUCCAAAGAAGGCAAGCGCGUAAAGCUGCGCGAACUAGGCCCCAGAUUCACGCUCAAGCUGCGUUCCCUGCAAGAGGGUACCUUCGACAGUAAGACGGGAGACUACGCCUGGAUCAUCUCUAAUAAGCGCCACUCGAUGGAGUCGCGUCGACGAUUCUUCUUGUAGUUCUAUUUCGCUGUCGAUUCUUUGUAUUUAGUUAUAGAAAAAUAAAAUAAACCAACUGAUAAUACAAUUUUUUGGUUAAAGAGA